GAACCGUGUCUAUUGAGGUCGUCCGCAUCGAACUUGCGCGCAAAGUUUACUGCCGCGAAAGGGUUUUUCUUUGUCCCGAUCUUCGAGGACCUUGCCCUCGUAUUAUGUUUCCGCGCGAGACCAGCGACCAGCCUCGGCCUAUUGAGGGGCCGAACCGCGUUCAGCGUACAGAGUCGGAUCGAAAUUUCCGCGAUUGCCCGAAAUUUUGUUACGGAUACCCCGCGAAACGCGUACGCCGGGCGAUUUGAAAAUUUUUAGUGAACUUGUGGAAGGAAAGCGAGUGGACUACCAGACAGUGUCGAGAACAGUGCAGUGUAUUUAAUUACAGAAGUUAUUUGAACUGAAGCAAUCAUGUCUACCGGUAAACGUUUAGCGAAGCGCUCUAUCAUCGGGACGCGCGUAGCGGCUCUUAGCGAUGACGGACUGUAUUACUCGGGGAUGAUCCAAGCGGUGAAAACGCCGGCUCCCUUCCCGGAAAACAACAAUUGCAUUAACUUAACACCGAAUACCCGUUACACGGUGCGCUUUGACGGUGGAAAGGUGUCUCGCGAGUACCGCGACGCGGAGCUCAUCGGGCCAGGGUUUCGUGGGCUGGCCGGCGUGCGCCUGAAGCCAGGCCAGCGUGUCUUCCUCACAUACAACGGUCGCGAGGUCCGCGCCGACGUGCUAGACCACGACCACGAGACAGACGAGCUCCGCGUGCAGGUACAUGCACCCGCUGCCGAGGUGCCCAUAGAACUAAGGAAGAGAUUAGAAGAGAUAAGACUGCUGGAGUCUCGAAAGUCGGCGAGGCUUGCGGAUGUAGAUACGGAUUUCGCAAGACUCGCGGACAUGGCCGGUGACCGUCGUCGAGCCUCUGCGACUAUAGAAGUGCCUGCACAUCAUAUGCAAGGGUCACGUAAACGAGGUCCGAGUAGUUCCUGCGACCUGGGCUACGGAGAAAGAGAUGACCAAAUGAAUGAAUGCAACGCAGCGCUCGUCCUUAUGUCGCUCAGCUGUUCACCGAACUCACCUCGACCCAGCGCCUGGGGUGAUCGGUCAUCGGUGUCUCCAGGAGCAAGCAGCAGUUCAGGUUCAUCAUGGCGAUCCGGCACGCCAUCACCACCUCCAGUCUCUUCAUCAUUCAGCGACGAAGGCAUCGCUAUGGACUACGAGGACAAACCACCCACUAAAAAGAGGAUCAACAUUGUAUUCGAAUGCACAUGGAGAGGCUGUGGUUAUAUCACCGGUUCGUGUUCUUCCAUCGAGGCACACAUCAGACAAACUCAUUUAGGGCCAAAGAAAGAAGGCGAGAGUGAUCAUGAAGAGGAGUUUUACUACACGGAGCGUGAAGUGGCUGCAGCGGCGCCCGCACCUACCCUGUCCCACCGAGACAUGUGUCGUCCACCGCACGAAGACCCCGACUACCAGCGACAGCUAGUCGGAUCCUAUAGACAAGGGCUACUGUCAACUAUGCAAAAUGGAUCAGCGCGGCCUAUAAGCAUUCCCGUUACGCAUUCCUGGUCAACCUCUCAUUCACCGAAGCACAUAAAGUUUACGGGAGCAAACAGUUCCCCCGGCAGCCCCGGCCGGCGGCCUCGCUCGGACAACAAAAAGUGCCGCAAGGUGUACGGUAUGGAUCAACGUGAUCUCUGGUGUACUCAAUGCAAAUGGAAGAAAGCGUGCACGCGUUUCGGCGACUAGCGAAGACGACGGUCGCUCGCUUCCACGCGUGCUCUGUUGAACUUUUAAGUGAACGGUUUCGCUACCGAAAGUGAAGCUUUCCUUUCUCGGACUCAAACCAGAUAUAAAAGUAUUCCUCGGGUGAGGACAAUUCCGUUUGCGGGACGUGAUUAAUUAGUAUAAGACGAGAAAAUAUAUUAUGAAUGAAGUUUUAUUUACGGAGUAAAUAUAUUAUUAUGAAUAGUUUAAAGUUUAAAGGGAGACAUAUUUUUUUUUUCUCUGAAUGUGGCUCGUAUUUUGACUGCGAAAUGGACAUCGCCCACGUAUUUUUGUAGCGCGGUAGAUUUGCCUUUACUGUGACACGCAUACAACGACUGCGUGUCGCCAUCGGUCGGAGACUGUGAAUAAUAGUUUUAAGAGAACUAGAUUUAAGGUUAGACUGACAAUGCAAUGUAAGGUGAAAACAAUUGUUACAUAUCUUCUGUACGCAGUACGCACCCUCGUACAAUUAACUUUAAUCAUUGACUUGUAAGAUUUUCACUAUUUUGUACCGAUUCUUGUUAGCUAUUAGAUAAAUAUAGAGGUACCAAUUGAGCAAUAAAUAUACAAGGCCGUUUCAGAAGAUUUUUAAAGGAUGAUUAAAUAAGCUGUCUUAACUAGCAAGUAAUAGUUUCUCUCUAUCUUUAGCCAUUUUGCAAUUUUUUUAUAUUAUAAAAAAAAAUCAUCUAAGUACCUUAUUGUACUUAUUAUGUUUUGUAGAUACCCUUUUAUUAAUCUAAUAAUUUAUGAGUGCUUUAUAUAUUUAUAUACCUAAGUAAGUAUAUUUCUUUUUUUUUGUUU